AUGGUCUGGGAAUCCUUACUUGUUGCAACAUCAACAAUUCAACUACUUACAAGAAUCCUCAAGGCUUUAGGAAUUCGUAAGGAUGGAAUUACUCCCGGUAGUUUUAUGGAGAGUAUUGAAGAUAGAUGCGGAGGUAGGAUAUUUUCCUGGGUAGAAUUUUUAUGUGUUCGAUUUGUGAGAUACUUUGACCUGGAUAAUAUCAUCCUUUCAUUAUUAAAGAAAGCUCCAAUUAUUGUAAAACUGUUGAAAAAUGGAAUGAAACGACUUUAUUCUUUUAUUAGAAAUUGGUGGGCGUUAGUUCUUAUUUCAACGCUUGCUAUAGUUGUUCAAAGAGAGAGCAAGAAAGAUAAAACUCGCCGGCUAAAGAGGGGUCCAGAUAAUGAAAGAUUUAAUGCCCAUCUGAAAUCUUAUUAUUACUUUGAUUACGUUAAAAGGCUUAAAGAUGAUAAUACAGAUAUAUUUCCUCGAGAUACUCCGACGGAAAAUCCAAAAAUUUGCAUUAUCGGUGCCGGAUUAGCCGGUUUAUUCUCGGCUCUUCUCUUGAAAGAGGCAGGAAUCAAGGACAUUACCAUUCUUGAAUAUCAAGAUCGCGUUGGUGGACGAGUUCAUACUCAUUACUUUACCGAUGACCCUGAUGACGAAAGACGUUUAUACGGUGAAAUUGGUGCAAUGAGAUUACCUUACGUUGAAGGCCGUCCCGAACUUUCCCCCCAUCAAUUAGUUUUUGAUACUAUUGAUUACUUGAACGAGUACAAUAAGGAUGACGAUAAGAAGCAGAUCACAACUAUCCCCUUUAUAUUUAGUGAUUCAAAUGCCAUAUAUUAUUUUAACAACAAAAAAGAUCAUACUGGUAAAUUGAUGACCAAAAAUUAUUCUGCGACAGUAGAAGUCAGUCAGCUAGGAUACCCUGAUACUAUGCCAUCCAACUUUCUCGAUCUUUGGAAUGAAGCAUUACAGCCCUUCUUUGAUGUCUUAAAUACCGAUUUCACAAAAGGACUUAAAAUGUUAAAACGUUACGAUCAACAUUCCAUCUAUUCUUAUCUAAAGGAAGUCUUUCUUCCCGCACGAUUACCGAAACAAGCGGAAGAUUAUGAUGAAAUUAUAAGCGAGUUUCUUUUGAGCUUUGUUGAUAUGGCCAUUGCAUCUUAUACUUUUGACAACCUUAAAUAUCCUUUAUCCUGGAAUACUAUUGAUAAAGGAAUGCAACGAUUUCCAAACGCCUUUUUGUCUUUAAUCAAAAAGGAAAAGAUGGACCUAAGAUACAACAGCGAA